CCUUUUGUCAUGGCGUGUGCCAUCGGUGAUGGCGUGUGCUGUCCCAUCUGCUGCCGGGCUCCCACCCAGCCCCCCGGGAUUUGAAGCCACGCAGCCAGAUCAUCCCCCAUUGGCUGCUCCUCAUCAGCCAUCUGGGGCCUCCGGUUUGCACAAAAGCAGCCCCAGACCCUUUAUAUGGGGGGGGCAGACGCCCCUGCCCGCACAGGCCAGCUGCAUCCAGCGGAGCGAGGACACACCAGCCCAGCCGAGGGCAGCGCCACAGGUCCUCAGCGACGGGAGCAUCCGUGGCGGGAAGUACCGCGGUCACACACUUCGUGGCCCGACGACCCUAACCCUCUGUCUUCCGCAGAUUUUGUCCAAGUCUCCCCUUAAAAUGCCACGCGGGUUCUUAGUGAAGAGGACCCACCGAGAAGUGCCUGUCUCGUACCGGAUCCGGACUCCGCCGGACGAACAUUGCCCAGCCUCGCAACCAGGCCCUGCAGUCCACCGGAAACAACCCAAGGUUGGGCGGCUGCCCGAAUCCCAGGUUCCCAACCUGGCACCCCUGCGCCACAUCAGUGCCGUUCCGCUCUCCGGCUGCCACGACCGGGGGCUCAAUUCGGGAUCUCCGGCGCCAGGAGAAUCUGCACCAGCCAGCACCUUGCAAGGUCUUGGUUCGGGCUCGGCCUGUGCUGGGGUCAAGCCGUUGAAGAGGGUCAGCGUGGGCCACGGGGGCCUUGUUUUGCUGGGUGCCUUCGUCUGCCAACUGUGCCAGGAAUCUUACCCCGGUCCGUUGGCCCUGGCACAACACUGUUGCUCUCGCAUCGCCCGGGUCGAGUACCGCUGCCAUGAGUGCAGCAAAGCAUUCAGCUGUCCCGCCAACCUGGCUUCUCACCGCCGCUGGCACAAACCCCGAAAAGAAGGACACCCGGAGGGCACCAAGGAGAACGAGAACCCCAAACCAGCCCGCGUCUCCGGUGCCCCGCUGCACCCCGAGCUCUCGGCGGGGAUUUACAGCUGCCCGCACUGCCCCAAACGCUUCCGACGGAGGGCUUACCUGUGCAAGCACCUGGCUCUGCACGCCGCCACCGGGACGGUGCUUUCCGAAAGCCAGCAGCAUCUACCAGGCAACCUUGGCCCUGUACCAGCUUCUUGGCCUAAAAAGCCAUUAUAAUUCUUGCUUCUUUCCCAGGGCAGCUGAUAGCGACUUCUCGCCGAUGCUGAAAAUAUUUGCAACCUGCCCGAUUUUUUUAUUUUUCCGUGACUUUUGACGGACAGGUGGCAGGAACCAGAUGUCCCAGGCUGCCCCCCCCCCCGCCAUCUUCUCGCAGAUCAGAUAUGUAAGAGAGAAA